AUGGAGAUAAGGGCCAUGGAUCUAGACCUGCUGUGUUGUGCUAUCGGAGGCGAGGUAGCCGUGGAUGCACAGAUGAAGUCGGAGAGCAGCGAGCUGAAGUCCAGCUCCAGGUCGAGGUCGAGGUGGUGCAACAUAAAACCUCUUCCAGGAGCUAAUCGGCUGAUAAAACAUUUAAGGAGAUGGAAGGAGUCUUUCUCUGCAAUUGUUGGUGGAGACGAAGUAGAGAAGGGGAAGUCGUCCCCAGAUAUAUUUUUGGAAGCUGCAAAAAGAAUGAACGUCACUCCUUCAAAUUGCCUAGUAAUCGAGGAUUCCUUGCCAGGUGUUGCAGCUGGAAAAGCUGCGGGAAUGCAUGUCAUAGCUGUACCUUCAGUACCCAAAAAGACUGCUGAGUUCAGUUCAGCUGAUGAGGUGAUCGAUUCCCUCCUUGACGUAAGGCCUGAGAAGUGGGGUUUGCCACCGUUUAAUGAUUGGAUUGAAGGUACGUUACCAAUAGAACCAUGGUUUAUCAGUGGACCUGUGAUCAAAGGAUUUGGCCGUGGUUCUAAAGUACUAGGAAUACCAACAGCCAAUUUACCCGCAGAGAACUUUGCCGACGUAGUGUCAGAGCAUACAUCUAGGGUAUACUUUGGCUGGGCUGGACUUUCAGCACGUGGUAUAUAUAAGAUGGUUAUGAGCAUUGGCUGGAACCCAUAUUUCGACAACACUGAGAAGACAGUGGCCAACUUUCCUUCGAUUGAGUGUUUGAUAGAGAGGAUUCACGAGGAUGAAAAAAUAGCAGAGAAGGCACUGGACUUGCCGAUAUAUGCCAGGUACAAAGACUCGCCAUAUCUGAGAAAUCCUUUGCAGCAGGAAAGUACUAGUGAUGGCAGCCAGGCUGAGCAGAAUUCCAAGUGA